AUGCUUCGAUUUUCAGAACCAACGGCGACAACGAACACAUCAAAACUGACACCUUUGGGCCAAGCCUUAACAUUUCCGUUAGAAACCCCAUUUCAAGAUCCAAUAUGUCGAAAUGUCGCAAAGACCACAACACAACGAUUUUCUGUGCACAUUGACGAACGCCAGAAUGGAUACUCCAGUAUAACGUGGAAACUUUUUGGAUCGUUAUACCAACCACUAGUCGGGGCGAUCGAUGAAACCACCGAUAGAUCUAUCCGGGGCAGCUCCUCUUCUGGCGUGUCAGAAUCAUCAUUUCUGACUUGCCUUCAGCCAGGGGGCAGCAUAGAAGGGGUCGUUACGUUACUCGGUGAAGAGACGGCCUACGAGGCCCUGUCAACUGGAAGCAACGGCGUCGUUCGCGACAGUCACGACGAUAACGACCAUACUGCAGUUACUCGAUCGGUAGGCGAGGCACGCGCCUUUCUGGCGCCGGAGCCUCUUGUGAACACGCUGGAGUCGCGGGGCGGGUUCAAGCGGCCUCCUCCUGCGCGCGUCCACAGGAAGGCCAGGGAGGAGCCGCCAGAGUGCGAUGGUGGCACCAUCUCCUGUACGUCUCUGAAACAACAACGUCAGCAGCUACGGCAGCAGCAAGACGACUGUAUACACGAACAGCAACAAAAUCAAAAGCCAAAACAACAACAAGCUAAUAUAGCAGGUGUAGACGCCCGUACCAAACAACCAGGUAGGCCCAUACCGCCCAUCGUAACAGCGGGAGGAUUAUACACCCAAACGAAUAAAACAAUUACUUCUUUAGUAAGUCCAGAGCGGUUCUCAACCACAAGCCUCGUUCAGGUGCCACCACAUCCUCGGAGCGAUUUCUCAGACGCGGCUACUAUAACAGAGCUCAACAACAACAGCUGCGCCGAAGUUGAACUUGUAAGUCUUAUCGAGGAGCAAAUCCCUCGAUACAAGCUCCGAGCAGAUACGAUCACUAACUUCGCUGGAUACGAGAACGAGGACUGGGGCAUUAUCAACGCUCCCCUUCUCCCAUCCGACGAGCCGCUCGACCUCUCGCCCGAACUCAUUGAGGAAACGCUCAACUAUUUUAUUCUAUGUGCGGAGCGGCUGACGCAGAUGACCCGGACGUAUGACGAUUCCGACGCUCUCACGCGGCUGCUGGAGGAGAAGGAGAGGGAUCUUGAACUUGCCGCCCAUAUUGGCAAGAGCCUCCUCGACGAGAAGAGAACGUUACAGGAGAGGAUUGAAUCUCUUGAGCAGGAGCUCCAAGCAGCUCAGGAAAUUGUGACCCAGCUUCGUCAUGACCUAUCACUCAAAAGUGGGCUUCUUGCCAUCUAUCAGGAGGGUGAGGACGAUAGCCCGGGAGGAGACCUUCCACCCUGCGGGGUCGAUCUCCUGCAAAAAAAAAUCAGCGAACUCGAGACGGAAAAUGAGCGACUCAAAAGUGAGUCGGUUACGUGGACCGACGAUUUGGAAGCGGAAGAGAAGCGUGAAACUGAGCUAAUUAAUGAGUGUUUACGCGAGCUAAAUGAAAGCCAGCGCGAGUCUGCCCGGCUACGCGAUGAGCUUGGCAAAAAAGCCGAGAAUUCCGCUAAACAAGCGGAGGAAAUUACGCAAUUACUGGGACAAAUCGUAGAUCUGCAGAAAAAGGUCCGCGAGUAUUCUAUUGAAAAUGAGACCUUACGUAUGAACAUGGACGUAAUGGGUGAGACCCAACAGGAGCUCACCCUCGAACUUGGCAACUGCAAGGAUAAGUACAACAACCUUCUAUGUGCCUUCCAAGAACUCCAAGAGGAGUUCCGCCAGCGCAAGCGUCGCUCGAGUAUAAGCAGCGUGUGCGGCGUCGGCGGAAUCGCGGCAAACGCGACGCAAGGACACCCUAACAGCGGCAACAAUAACCAUCAUCACCAUCACCAUCACCAUCAUCAUCAUCACGUAAACCAAAAUGGCGGCGUGGCGGUGGGAUUCUCUGUUGGUGUCGGGGUGGCCCAGGCCAAAAGUUACAACAACCACGGGUCACACGGACCCUAUACCAAAUAUAUUAAUCCAGAUUCGCUUGCAGCCGAGCUUUCAAUGUCGAUGAGAACGGACAUUUCCGAAGGAUAUCACUCUGACGACAGGGCUGCGACCUCUGCUUCGAACGCUUCCCCACAGCCGCCGUCCCGGCGACCUGUACAGGGCUGUGGCGAUUCGGAACCGAAUCUGCGUCCCCCUUGCAGAGCUGCCAAUAGACGGCCAAUGUCAAAUGAUUUCGACGGAGUAUCGGAUGAGAAUGAGAGUCUAUUUCCUGAAAGUUGCCAAACUGACGAUGAUUCGCAGUAUUCGUCUUUGAGCAGUAUAGGCCUAAACCCGGUGCACGGUAAGCAUCCAGUGGGUAUGGGCCUGGAAUUACAUUCGCCUAUGAAAGCAGGCCACGGCAUGGGAGGCCUGAUGGGCCUACCACAGUCGCAAAGCUUCUUUGAACUCGACGAAGAUCCGACCUCGCGAUGCCGAACACCAGAUUCUAUCCUGAGCGGGUUCAACGGCUUCAGCAGUGGGUCAACGAAUUCCAAUACGAGACGCUACAAGAUACCGGACAAGUUGCAAAUCAUUAAACCACUGGAAGGUUCACAGACGCUGCAUCGAUGGCGCCGUCUUGCCACGCCCGCUCCUCUCGGUCUCGUAGGACUCGAAGAGCGCAUUCACGGCGUAAAAACGCGCUAUGCACCCAAGUCUCCGCCCACUUUAACACCGAGUGGCAUGGCAGCCAGCCUCUGCCCGAAUAAAAGAGGUACACCUCAACCUCCAAGUUCACUCGAUAUUGCGUCAUUUUUGCGAGAAGUUGCUGUUGACGAACCCCUCAGCCAGCCCGGUAAAAGUUUCGAGCAGAGCUCCUGUAUUUAUACCUAUUCGACGUCGAAUGUGCUCCACCCUGACGCCACACAAACGACGUCGAGUCUGGAGACGACCAAAAUGGCGACCAGCGGAUCGACGCAUCGUUCACCCGUGCAGGCCACGGGUGGAAUAUUGAGCCGUUCAAGUUAUCUGGUAGCCACGACAACAUGUAGUGUCAACCGAGGCUUGGCACGAGUUUUGAACGAGCGGGGUAUUCAUGCGAUGGUACCGGCCGUUUUACGCGACAAGAACGAUGAUGACGAACAUAUUUCAGUGACGUCAACUCCAGCACCAUCGCCCAACCAGACACCUCCGGGUACUCCUCCGAACGAGCUUGAAGACGAUACGUCGGACAUAUUCACCCCGGAUCUGGUCAAAGAGAAUCGUGCAAAAGGGGUCUUGCUACGUUCUUACCGCGUCGAAGAUGACUCUGUGAACGUUACCCCGACCAAAGGAGAGUAUAUUUCAAGGCGCAGAAAUUAUCCUCGCGCAGCGAAGCGUGCCCGACAAGAGCUUGAUACCCAGGGACUGAUGUCGAGGCUAUCUCGCCUUGUUCAGUGGCCCUUCCAGGGCUAUACGGCGGCUGAUGGCAACUCUCAAUCUAUGGAGCUGUGUCAUGCCGCUGUCACACGUAUGUCGACCACAAUGAGCGAUUCGAUCAGCUCGGUGCUUCCGAUCAACACUAUGGGACAGCCUCCUUCUGAAGCCUCCCCUACAUCGAUUACUUCAUUAGCUUCAGCAACGGCAUGUGGUCACACGACAUCGCCGGUGACGUCGGCCUCUGCAUCUAUAGCGGUAGACGACACUUCCUCAAUGCCACGAUCAGCUGCCCCAAAGCCCUGGAGUCUUGUGCCACCCUCGAAGUUGGACACAAACGCGGCUUCUCGAUUGAUGCCUGCUAUGCGGGUUCCCUUGGUUCGAGCGCCUAAUCCUCUGGUUCAGAUCAACACUAAUCUCGUACCCAGCAAUGCCCGACGCGCACGACCAAUCGGCACCAUAGGUUCGAUGCGGAAUAUGCGCAAGGGGGCGCUUAUGUAGUAAUGUGAGGAAAAAGUACGGUAGAGAAACCAUAAUGUUAACAGAUCUUGGAAGAACAAUAUGCGCCGCAUCGACACUGCUAUGCCAAUACAUUAAAAAUUAUAGCAGGCAACUACACGGUUUUUGUCUGCAACAUACAUUUAAAACCUUUAAGUUUAGUAUUAAGUGUACGUAGUAAUUAAUGUCGAGGAAGCACGAUCGAGUGAAGAAAAUUGAUAGAUGCCAAUAAGCUACUUCUCGCUGACAUCCGACCUAAUGGCCGUCUUCUGUUUUGAGACAUCGUUGAUGUUUUCGUGUCGUAAACAGUAUUUAUUCAUUGUAAAUUUGAAAAUUGAUGGAGGAACAAUAACUUAGGAAGGUACGAAAAGACUAUAACCAAAGUAAUAGGAAUACAGUACGAAGUGGCUUCGCUUCGUUUGAUUUAUGCUUCAGCGGAAAAUCGUAAUCGGUCUGACGUGUGGCCUGUGACAGCCCUAUAUCUUGUUCUCACGAAUGCCAAUAUUAGCGAUAAUAUUGCUUGAAACAACUUGCCGGUAUAACUUUGAAGGGAUUUUUCAGCUUUAAUUGACUCCUUCCAGUAGCGUAUGACAAAUAGGCUAUAAUAAUAGUAAUAGCUGCAUACACAAACAAAUACAGUGAUUAUAAUCAUUGAUCAAUACAAUACAGAGUGAAAAUUCUCGACAGAAAAGAGUAGCCAACUCUAGCUGGGUUGAAAAACCAUAGCUGGGUGUUGUAUUUAAAGAAAACAUUACAAUCGAUUCGGGAGAGAGGGAGAGGUAGGACUAUAGAGUAUCUAUAAAGGCGCAACACCGGAAGUAAAUCUAACCCCCGUAAAAUUUUCAGCAUGGGUCUGCUAAGAUUCUCUCCGUUAGGGAACCCUUAUACGUAAUUGUCCGAACGAAGGUUAUUCGAGUUUGGGCUCAUUAGUUGUUAAUACGUUUGACAUUGCCGUUACGAUAUAUUGACUGUUGACUUUGACAGAGGCUACUAAACGAGGACCAUUCGUAACCCGAUUAUUCUCAGCUAUUCAUAUUAAUUGAUCCUUGUGGAACAAACGAAUGGAGAAAUUGUCGAAACAUUUUUGGGAUGGUAUACAGUAUACAGCGUUACAAAGUGUUCACGUUACUAUUAUCUGCUAAUGUAAUACCGUAGUUCGGUAAUAUAAAUGAGGUCGGCUGGAGGCGGCGGCCGCGGCAACAAGCGAGGCUAUAAAACAAGAUGGUGUUUCCUUUUUGUCCGAUUGGUUUUAUGCUGUCGCUAGAUUUCGUGUAACGUGGUGAAGGACGGAUCAUCUUCUCUGCGUUGCCCUCACCGAUAUAGGGUGGAACUAUUUGAAACUGCAUGACGCUACAUUCAGUUUGACGUUACGGAACGAAAUUUCUCCGCGUAGCUGAAGGCAGUACGGAUGCGUUAUA